AUGUUUUUAUUACCUGGGAAUGGGGCACACGACACGUCUUCUCAACGAACACCUGGAACUGCCGAGAUCUACCAAUACGGCCAUUGGCGUUCUCGGAGCGUGAUGUUCAUUUUACUUGACAUGUGGCUUCGACUAGAUGUGAACCCAGUGCUGUGCCAUCCUGACCCGCUGAGCUGUACACUGAGCAUAGAAUUGCUCACCAACAUACGUGCCCUUGUGAAGCAGAUACACAAAUUCAGUAGCAUCAAUACUGAUUUAGAUUAUCCGCCAAUCAGACAGUUGCGCAGUGAAGCACAGCGGCAACUUAAAGAACGUAUCGAGCCAUUCCUUUGGCAACUAAUAUGCCAUUGGCCACCUGAUGAAUCUUUGAAGGAACUUCUCGAGGUGUGGCUGAGUUACAUUCAACCAUGGCGCUAUGGAACCUAUCGUGAUUCAAAGCAACUUACGCAAUUCCAAACAAUGUUUAUUGCCGACAAUAUCAGUGCUUACACACAACCUCUCGUUCAUCUUUUGUUACGGUUCUCAAAGUACGACCCUGCCCAUCCGAGCUUUUGGCGACCAUUGCAUCGCGUGUGCACCGUAUUUAACCAGUACGACUUGGCCAAAAUCAUUCGAAGUUAUGACAAAAUUGAGAGUGAAAAGAGUCAAUUGGAAAACUAUACAACCUUGUACGGGACGCAUUACUACUCGAUGUUUUCAGAUUCGAGUCAAGAAAUGGAAUUGUUAAUGGAUCAGCUGGGCAGCCGAAUAAAAUUCCUUAGGCAUAUGCUCACAUUCGGAAACCAUUACGACUCAUGGAGCAAUCAGUUGCUCCACUUCGUAUACAAGCUUUUGCAAUUAUAUACAUUCGAUCAACAAGAGAUGCUCUUAUUGCAUUCACGGUUGGAGUUUAUAUACAAUGUUCUCACCGAAAAGCUCAAUGCUCCAGCAAGGCAGGGGCUACUUAACGAUUCCAAAAAUAAACCCCGUACUGCGCGCAACGGAUUCUGGAUACCAGGGUUUUUUGGGAAUCCCGAUCUAAUUCCUGUAACGAGCGCUGAAAAUGCAACACUUGUGCGAACUUUUCAUCGACUCAGCGAGAAGUUGAACAUAAUGCUUGAAAGCAAGCUCUAUGUGAUCUGGCUGAGUGAAACUGUUUGGUGCGCUCUUGUUCGGCAGCUUUUGGAACCACCUGUAACCUUUUACACCUACGUCCGUAAUGCUAAGCGACAAAGGGAGAAGCAACAGAUUUAUCUCGGUCCUCGCAUAAGCUUUCGCUUCCUCGCUUCAUACAGGAACAUCGCCUACGUCUUGCUCGCGAUAGUACUCGGUGUUCUCCUAUAUGGUUCACCGUUCUUUGGCCUUCAGAUCCUUAUGUUAUUAUCGUUUAUUCGUAUCGUGCUACGUGCAAUUUUCUUCCCUCAGUAGUUUGGUUUUUGCUAUAUAAUUAGCAUUAUCACAAGCUCCUAAAACCUGGUGAAAUCCUUUAUAACGAUCCCUACUGACAACAAAUGAUCAACACAUACUAGGUUGUAUACUAAGUUUUGACGUUCGAUACCGAAGGGCGCAGCUAUGAGCCUAAUUUUUUUUUUAUAUUGUUACACUCUUCAAAUGAACUUAUGUGAAGUUCAUUUAGCAUUGAAUUCAAGUCAUUUAGCAUCAGCAUGUCACAGUAUUUUUUACAACGAGAAAAAUCAAGUAUCGUGCAGUGACUUUAUUUUUAUUUUUGGAAGGUUCAAAAGCAAAAGAGAUUUAUAAAUGAAUACUGAAUGUGUAUAAGGACUCUUCACUUUUAAUUUGGGGGUUAAAAGGGAGGUUUCUGAGUUUAAAUGUGGUCGUAGUAGCCUUUAAGACGAUCCAUGGACGAUCAGGUUUGUGGAAUGCGAAUGGAAUUUUGUUACCGGAUUACUUGCAAACUGAUAAAACAAUAAAUUUCGAUUAUUCUAGUAACCGUUAAGGCCUACUAAAAGUGCAAAUUUGUGAAAAAAGACCCGUUUUGAAGAAGAAAAACAUUCUCUCUCAUCAGGGCAAUUCACCCUGUCACAAGAUCCUUGAAUUAGAGUUCGAAUUAUUAGAAUAUCCACCGUAUUCAUCAGAUUUGGCCCCAGACGACUUCCAUCUAAAUUUUCAACCUCAAAAAACAUCAUGCGUGAAAAGCGUUUUCCAUCAAAUGAUGACGUCAUAACAGCUGGAAAAAGGUCUUGUGACACGUCGAUAUUAAAUGGCUUCUAAAAAAUAUUAAGAGACCGAUUAAAAUCAAACUUCACAUACGUUCUUUUGAUGAGUGUACCAAUAUAACAAAAAAAUAGGCUCGUAACUGCGCCCUUUGGUAUCGAACGUCAAAACUUAGUAUACAACCUAGUAUUUAUAUUCACACAUU